AAGGCUGCAAAUUCACGUCAAAACCCCUCCUCUCCCCCGCUCCCGGUCAGCGGUAAAAUGUAGUAUCCAGUCCUACUUUUUCCUGCAUAAACAUCGUCCGCCACGACCCACACUUCACACCUGCAAGAAAAAGCGCGCCAAACUUCACGUCUGUUUUCCGGCCACCGCACGAUGCCGGAGUUACCGGAGGUGGAGGCGGCGAGGAGAGCCAUAGAAGAGCAUUGUGUCGGUAAAAUGAUCAAGAAGGCGCUGAUAGCCGACGAUCCGAAGGUCAUCGACGGCGUAUCGCCCUCCGACUUUGAGGCUUCUCUCGUAGGCAAGACCAUUCUUUCCGCUCAUCGCAAGGGCAAGCACCUGUGGCUCCGCCUCGAUUCUCCUCCUUUCCCUGCAUUUCACUUUGGGAUGGCGGGUGCCAUUCAUAUCAAGGGUGUAGCUGUUACAAACUAUAAAAGGUCUAUGGUUAAGGAUGAUGAUGAGUGGCCUUCUAAGUACUCUAAGUUCUUUGUUGAGCUCGACGAUGGGGUAGACCUAUCCUUCACAGACAAAAGGCGGUUUGCGAAAGUCUGCUUGCUCAAAGAUCCACCUUCAGUGCCCCCAAUUUCUAAGCUUGGCCCAGAUGCUCUUUUAGAGCCUAUGAAACUGGAUGUGUUUAUUGAAUCCUUGGGCAAGAAGAAACUGGCAAUUAAGACUCUAUUGCUUGAUCAGGUUAAAAUGAUGAUUUGUAUGAAUCUCCACUUAUCUUUGCAGAGCUAUAUUUCAGGUAUCGGCAAUUGGGUUGCAGAUGAAGUGCUUUAUCAAGCGAGAAUUCAUCCAAGUCAAAGUGCUGCAACCCUAUCCAAGGAAAGUUGUGCAACUUUGCACAAGUGCAUACAAGAGGUAAUUGAAAAAGCACUUGAAGUUGGAGCAGAUAGUAGUCAGUUCCCUAAUAAUUGGAUUUUUCAUUCACGUGAAAAGAAACCUGGGAAGGCUUUUGUUGAUGGUAAGGAAAUCCAUUUUAUCACAACAGGCGGCAGGACAUCAGCCUUUGUACCUGAGUUGCAAAAGCUUAUCGGAGCAGAACCGAAAACUCAAAAUUCAAAGAGAAAAAUUGAUGGUGGCAAACAAAUGGAUGAUGAGGGUGUUGGUGAACUAGUGAGCAAGACAAAGGAAACUGCAGAUACAACUGACACAAAGAAAAAGCCAAAGCCUAACGGUCGCUCUAAGAAAACAAAAAGAAAAUCCAAAAGCAUCGAGACCGAUGAGUCUGAUGAAGAAGGUGAAAACGAUGAUGCUUGUGCUGACGAUGAUGGUCACGAUGUUGGAAAGAAGAAAGCGGGAAAGAAAACGAACAUUGGGCGAAUACGUGAUGCUUCUGAAGAAGAUAAGUCCUUGAAGCAAACGGUUCAAAGCCGUGGAAAUGGCAGGCAGAGGAAGAAAGCAAAGUAAGUUUAUGUACUAACAGUUGAUUAUGUUGCGAACUUGCCCUUUUGUCAUUACUGUUAAUCCUGGCCGUAGAUGGCUUUUGUAUCAUGUGUUCUGCCCCUAUCAUUUUGAAGAAUGUUGACAAGUUUAGGAAAAGGCAAAUCUACCCUUCUUGGUUCGGCUCGUUUUCUGAAUGCACUUCUGUUUAUUCA